AUGGGCCGCAAGAAGUCCAGGACCGCGCGGCGAGCUGAGCCGCAGUGGGAGAUAGAUGAUGAACACCGCAUGCUUGGCUGCCUGGAUGCAUAUAUCGACAAAGAUACCAGCGGAAAGGACGUUUUAAGCAACUAUAUUAGUAAAUACCUGCAGGAAACCCGAGGGAAAAACUUCGCAGUGGACAGAGUUCGCGAAAAGCUUCAACAGCUACAGGAAUUCGCCGUGCGGAACGGGCGACGGAAGAGCAUCUUUUCCAGUGGAAGCAGGGUUCUCAGGAACGUCGGUGUGUGGGAUUUCACCGAGAUACACAAGCACAAAGAUGACGUGACAGGCCGGAUCACUGCCACGAUCAUAGACAAAGGACGUCGUUUUCGGCCCACUCCUUCGAGAGCAACAAGCUGCUCGAUCAGUUCAAACCGUGGAGCGUCAGCCCAGGUGCAGGCCUCAGGAACACCGACGCCUACCAAGCGGAAGUUGAAAUCUUGCCCGCCAAGUCGAUCAAGCCUGCGAAUAAAAAAAAUAAAGCUGAAUUCAGAGAUAGAGGAGACACGUCGUCCGCCAGUUUCGCCGACCCGCAAGCUCGGAAAGAGUCCACAAAACUCACGAUUACCCUCCGAAGAUAGCAUAAUAGGGGAUAGUGGCGAUAGUAAUGGCGAUGACGGUGAAGAUGCGGUUAAACUCUUACAGGUACCGGCAUAUUCCCAGAAAGCCGACCGAGAGACAAUGGGAGAGAUAACCUUCAAGGAAGAAUUGGAGAUGCUGCGGCAGAAGUGCACGGAAGAAGUCAGGGCUCUGGAGAUCAGAUUGAAUGAAGAACGAGCCAUGCACAAACUGCAAUUAAACGAAGAAAUGAACAAGCUCAGGCAAGCAGAGAAAACACUCGCCUCUGUUCGACUCCAGUACGAGGAAACCUCCUUAAAACUGAUUUCCCUGGAACGAACCCAAGCGGAGGUAGAGCAAGGAAUCGAUGGUGAACUGAUCAAUAAGCUCAAGUACCAAGAAGAAAGAAUCAAUUUUCUCGAGCCGCGUCUGCGAGAGACCCAAGACAGUGUUUCCUUUGCUGGCUUAUCUCCCGACGAUUCAUUCGGGCCCAAGGAGUCCACCAUCCAAAAUGCUAUGUCCCGGAUGCACACCAGCAUUAGAAACUCGAUGGACUUAUUAUCCAGACAGGGCAUGCUUUGCAGUCCUGACGUACACCAAAACAGUGACACGCAAUCUCUCCUGUGCCGUAGCUUGGGACUGGACCUGCCACUAUUGCCUGGGCCACUUCCAGUUGACCUGGGAAAGUUGGGACUCGAAGCGGUUUUACGCGCCACGGCAGCGGCGGCAUUGUGUGAGUGGGUUUUUAAGAAUGAGUCUGAGGCAACCAUCGCUGGAGGACAACUCACGGUACGCAAUCUUGACCUGGCCGCUCACCGGUCAUUAUUCAAGAGUGAAGCCUACCUUGAGAUCCAGGUCCCCUUCCACGCUGGAACCUUGGCCACAAGGCUGUUCAACGCACUGGAUCCCUUGAUCCAAAAGUCGGGUGACUCUUCCACACCGGACCCGGACGGUUUUCCAAGACCACUGAAUGCAGAUGAACGGAAUAUGGUGAUUGAUGGCUUCACCGACAUAUUCCGCGAUGCACUGACACUGAAGGCGGACCUAUUGGCCAGCACUUGUCAAUAUGCCCUGGCAUUCUUUUCACCACUCUCGGAGUACAUGGGCAACAUUAUGGAGGCAGAAACCAGAGAAGGGUGUCGGAUUUCUAACGCUCGCAAUGGCUCUUUACAAGUGCAGCUUUGUAUCCUACCUGCGAUUUUUACAUACGGCAGGGAUGGCUUAGAGCUGCCUGGGUAUAAAAUCCCGGUCGUCAAGACACUCGAUGACCUGGGGAAUCAUGCUCUAAACCUUCUCUACAAAGCGGUGGUUAUAACUUAG